UGUUGACCCAGAAGUGAACGAACGACCUGACGGAGUUCACCGGGCUCCAACAUGGCGUGGAGGAGUUUCUCCGUCUUGCUCAGACUCGCGAGAGAACCAGUUUUACUGAGUACCCCGAAGGGCGGCAGCCUCCAGCAGAGAUGUGGCUUCAGAAAAGCUGCCAGGAAACCAGAGUCCAAGAAAGUGGAGGAGGACCUGGGAUCCACCCACACAGAAUCCGCUGAAAGUGCAGUCCAACGCCGGACUGCAACCCCCCACUGGGAGCAACAGGCACUGCCCAGCUCCCCCCGGGCCUUCAGUCGGCUCAUCAAACCACUGGUUUUCACUGUGGGGUUUACAGGCUGCUCAUUUGGCUCGGCAGCCAUCUGGCAAUACGAAUCGGUCAAAUUUCGAGUCCAGAGCUUCUUCGAUCAGAUCCAAGCUGAUUGGCUGGAGAAGUUGCACCCUCAGAAACGUGGAGAUAUUCGCAAAGAGAUCAACCAAUGGUGGAACAGCUUGAGUGAAGGAAAGAGGACGGUCACAGGGAUCAUUGCUGCUAACGCUAUUGUCUUCUGCUGUUGGCGAGUUCCAUCACUCCAGCGCACCAUGAUCAAAUAUUUCGCCGCCAACCCCGCUUCGAAGACCCUAUGCUCACCGAUGCUUCUCUCCACGUUCAGUCACUUCUCUUUCUUCCACAUGGCGGCGAACAUGUAUGUCCUAUGGAGCUUGUCCACCAGUGCUGUCUCCAUGCUGGGCCAAGAGCAGUUCAUGGCCGUCUACCUGUCUGCAGGUGUCAUUUCUGCGUUUGCGAGUUAUGUGGCUAAGAUGGCGACAGGGCGGUUUGGACCUUCUAUCGGAGCGUCUGGUGCCAUCAUGACAGUCUUGGCUGCAAUUUGCAUCAAAAUGCCAGAAGCCAAACUCGGCAUCAUCUUCCUACCCAUGUUCACCUUCUCUGCUGCCAACGCUAUUAAGGCCAUCAUUGCCAUGGAUACAGCAGGCCUGGUGCUAGGGUGGAGGUUUUUCGACCACGCUGCUCAUUUAGGAGGAGCCAUGUUCGGAAUCUGGUACGUCCUGUACGGUAACGAGUUGAUCUGGAAGAACCGAGAACCUUUUGUGAAAUUAUGGCAUGAGUUCAGAACCCGAGGAGGAGGACGAGGAGGAGGAGGAGGAGGAGGAGCAGCAGACGUGUGACGGGGGGAAAAGAUGUAAACAUGUAUAAAAUGUACAGACUCUGAGAACCAAUGGGCUUCUCCAGGACGAGGUCACACGGAGCAGCUGGUGAUGUCACACAAACAUGACCUCAUUCUCGUUCAUAUUUAUACAAAACAUUCAAACACGCGUCACUUAGUUUUGUUUUGAAAUUAACGUCGCGACUGGAACCAACAAGAGUUAUUGAUGAUCAAUCAAUAAAUGUUCAUUGUUCAGGGCUGCUGAUUGUUGUGUGCUCCUCUGAGUUAAUAUACAUACAUAUAUAUAUAUAUAUAUAUAUAUAUAUUUAAUUAAUGAGUUAAAAUGAACAGUGACUUGACCAUAACCAAUUUGUGAUCAAAAGAAUUACAAUCAUGUUGUCAGACGGACGACAACAUUUGUUUAAAUGAAGCUACUGAAACAGACAAACUGGUCUCAACAGUGAUCGAUCAGUCUUUUCCAUUGUUUAUAUAAACAAUUGAGCCACACGCUCAAUUAUGAUUGGUGCAUAGAAAAUAUGUUAUGUGUGAGUUUUUUUCCAGCUUUUCAAACCUUUUGUGAUGUUUUGUUUAUUUGCUCAGAGGAACAUCUUAAAAAUAAACAC